CCUCCGCUAUUCUUAAAAAAAAACGUCUCGAAUUCAUCAGCCCUAGCUCCUCCUCCGGCCGCCGCUGCGUUUCCCGUCGUCAGUUCUCUGACUUAAGAAGCUGUAAUUUCUCUCCCGGCGUUACAGAUUGACCAUCUCUCUACCUCACUGCUCUAAACGAUCCUUAAGGUUCUGUUCUUGAGGUUGUUGUAUCUAAGCACAUCCCUCGAACGAAAUGUCUAUCACAUCAUCAUUUACUUCAGCCACACUUUGCGGGAGCUUGGUUUCUCCUAAAGCUUUAGGCUGCAGCAAUGCGCUCCCAAGCAAUCAUUUCUCGAAUCCUUUCGAAAGCUCAAAGCUUUGUUUGACUGCAAAUCCCAAGAAAAGUAUUGCUCCGGUCCAAGGAAUCAGGUGUCAUGCUAUGCAAGUUGAGACGAGGGAAGCCUUUACAGCUGGGAAGGAGUUUCAACUCAGUGAUGUGAUCGAAGGACAACAGUUUGAUAGGGAGAUGCUAAGUGCCAUCUUCGACGUUGCACGAGAAAUGGAGAAGAUAGAAAAGAGCUCUUCUCAGAGUGAAAUACUCAAGGGCUAUCUAAUGGCUACUCUCUUUUACGAGCCUUCCACUCGCACCAGGCUCUCCUUCGAAUCCGCCAUGAAACGUUUGGGAGGGGAAGUCUUAACCACCGAGAACGCUAGAGAGUUCUCGUCUGCUGCUAAAGGGGAAACACUAGAAGAUACCAUAAGAACGGUGGAGGGUUAUUCAGAUAUAAUUGUGAUGCGACAUUUCGAAAGCGGCGCUGCUAAAAAAGCUGCAGCUACUGCCAAUAUACCUGUCAUUAAUGCAGGUGAUGGUCCUGGAGAGCAUCCUACUCAGGCUCUCUUGGACGUGUAUACAAUCCAAAGUGAAAUUGGGAAACUAGAUGGCAUCAGUGUAGCCUUAGUUGGAGAUCUUGCCAACGGAAGAACAGUCAGGUCCCUUGCAUACCUGCUUGCCAAAUUUAAAGACGUGAAGAUUUACUUGGUUUCUCCUGAAAUUGUUAAGAUGAAGGAUGAUAUAAAGGACUAUUUGACAUUAAACGGGGUGGAAUGGGAAGAAAGCUCCGAUUUGAUGGAAGUAGCAUCGAAGUGUGACGUAGUGUAUCAAACCCGGAUCCAGAGAGAGCGAUUUGGAGAAAGGCUUGACCUUUACGAGGCGGCUCGUGGGAAGUAUAUCGUAGACAAGGCGCUGUUAGGAGUGAUGCAGAAAGAUGCUGUUAUCAUGCAUCCUUUACCGAGAUUAGAUGAAAUCACUGCGGAUGUGGACGCUGAUCCAAGAGCUGCUUACUUCAGACAAGCGAAGAACGGUUUGUUCAUUAGAAUGGCUCUUCUGAAGCUACUGCUUGUUGGUUGGUGAUGGAUGGUCACCCUUUAAUAAACAGAAUCUCAAGAUUGUGAUCUUGAUGUUACUCAAAAGAACAUAAUAUGGUCAAAGCAGUUGUUUUGUUGGUCUUUGAGAUUACAUUAAUCAAUUCAUAUGAGGAAGAGUCUUUUUGUUGAACUUUAUGAAUAAAAUUGAUUCUGAGCUUUC